GGGUGCCCCCACCCCACCCCAAAGUUGAGACCCGUCCGACACCUCUGAUGGGUGGGAGCGGAGCUGCUUACAUAAUGCUCUUCAGCAUCUGACGGAUAACUGUUGACACUUUCUGACCAUCUGCCUAUUUGCUGUUUUGAAGUUCGUCCUCAGUGCAGGUCAACAGAGUAAGAACAGCUGCAGUACCAUGGCUGCCUUCAUUCAUCACUGCCCCUUUUUGAAGUCAGUUCCUAAGCCAGCUUUGAGGCGGACUGGAGCCGCCCUGCUGUCUCUGGCCGAUCAGUGCCCCAUCAUCACUCGCCAGAUCACCGUGAGCAGACCAGCCUUUCUGGAUGCCAAGCUGAGCACCUCACCCUCUAUGCCAAAGAGUCACCGACUUCCCACGGUGGACCAAAGGAGGGCUUCGGCUCAAACGGCCGCUCAGGUGGCUGCGUCUGUCUCGAAGAGCUGCCCUUUCGUCACCUCUCAGAUUGGGAUGGUCCAAGCCAGCCCUGAAGUACAGGAGGAUGUCAAAAAAGGUUUGAUGGCAUCUCUGCUUAAGGGUUUUAAUAAUUCAAUCCUCCCAACAUCAGCUCAAACCAACACUGUCACCCACCUCCUCAAAGACAACAUGGUUGGCCCCAGCUACGACUACGACCGCUUCUUCAUUGAGAAGAUAGCUGAGAAAAAGAUGGAUCACACAUACAGAGUCUUCAAGACAGUGAACAGGAGCGCUGAGGUCUUCCCUUUUGCAGAGGAUCACUCCGUCUCUGGGCGGGUGGGCUCCCAGGUAUCCGUCUGGUGCAGCAACGACUACCUGGGAAUGAGUCGGCACCCGCGGGUCCUUGCUGCAAUCAGAGAUGCCCUGGACAAGCACGGUGCAGGAGCUGGUGGGACCAGGAACAUCUCAGGCACCAGUAACUUCCACGUGUCCCUGGAGAAGGAGCUCGCUCAGCUACACCAGAAAGAUGCAGCUCUGGUCUUCUCCUCCUGCUUCGUGGCAAAUGACUCCACCCUCUUCACUUUAGCUAAAAUGCUGCCAGGAUGUGAGAUCUACUCAGAUGCAGGGAACCACGCAUCAAUGAUUCAGGGCAUCAGGAACAGCGGAGCCAAGCGCUUCAUCUUCCGCCAUAAUGACGGCCGACACCUGGAGGAACUGCUGCAACGCUCAGACCCAGAGACACCUAAAAUAGUGGCAUUUGAGACUGUGCACUCGAUGGACGGUGCCAUAUGUCCUCUAGAAGAGCUGUGCGAUGUAGCUCACCGCUAUGGAGCGCUGACGUUUGUUGAUGAAGUUCACGCUGUGGGUUUGUAUGGAGCCCACGGAGCUGGAGUGGGAGAGAGGGACAGUGUCAUGCACAAGAUUGAUAUCGUGUCUGGGACCUUAGGAAAAGCCUUUGGCUGUGUUGGAGGCUACAUUGCCAGCAGUGCCGCCCUGGUGGACACAGUGCGCUCCUUCGCAGCCGGCUUCAUCUUCACCACUGCCCUGCCACCGAUGGUCCUUGCUGGGGCCCUGGAGUCCGUCCGGGUCCUGAAGAGCCCCGAGGGACAGGCACUCCGGAGAGCUCACCAAAGGAACGUCAAACACAUGAGGCAGCUGCUCAUGGAUAAUGGCCUGCCUGUGGUCAGCUGCCCCAGCCACAUCAUUCCCAUACGGGUGGGCAACGCUGAGCUGAACACCAAGGUGUGUGACACCAUGCUGGAGAGAUACAACAUCUACGUCCAGGCCAUCAACUACCCCACAGUGCCUCGAGGUGAGGAGCUGCUGCGCCUGGCUCCAUCUCCUCAUCACAACCCUGCCAUGAUGGAGGACUUUGUGGACGCACUGGUGGAGGUGUGGCAGGAAGCCGGACUCCCGCUCAUCACCCCAGCCACAGCUUCCUGCACCUUCUGUGACCGCCCACUGCAUUUUGACCUCAUGAGUGAGUGGGAGAAAUCCUACUUUGGUAACAUGGAACCACAAUAUAUCACUGUGUCUGCGUAAAAACCAAAGCACACAAGCUACACAUACAGUAUAUGUGUAAAUGUAAUGCUAUAUUUGACAUUAUUUUAAAUACUUCAGGUGCACUGAGAGGAGAACCUGUGUACUGACUUUGUGUUUAAAUAUUCUUUAAUGUCAAUGGUAUGGACUAAAUUCCAGUAUUUAUUCACGAUUUCCUGUAUUUAUAUGAACUAAAUUGUGUUUAAAUAUUAUUAAAGAAAAUUGUGCCUAUUUUAAAAGCAUAAAACCUGCACAUUGGACACUUUCUUAAAUCUCUUAUCUAGGUGUGAUGGUGUGAAUUAAACCAUGCUAUCUAAUUUCAUGUUGCGCGAUUUCCUUUGUACCAUAUAAUCAUCAUGACCAUUAUGUUUUGUUCCCACUUCCACAAUAAUUCAAUCACUGAUGUUUCAGCCAUAAAAUGUAUGAACUAACGAACUAUUGGAGUUAACUGGCUCGUAAAAACAAGGGAUAAUAAAACAUUCAAUAAAAUUGUGGUGUUGAAAAUG